CUCCCGCCGCCGGCGGCCCUUGGAGGAGGAGCCCGGGCCGCGGAGGAGGAGCCGGGGCAGCCCCCGGAACCGGGACGCGGCGCCCCGGGGUGAGAGGCCACGCGCGGGAGCAGCCGGGUCGGCGCGCGGGCGGCAGCUCGGAGAGUGGCCACAUGGAAGAGAAGCAAAUCCUGUGCGUGGGGCUGGUGGUGCUGGACAUCAUCAGCGUGGUGGACACGUACCCGGAGGAGGACACGGACACCAGGUGCUUGUCCCAGCGAUGGCAGCGCGGAGGCAACGCGUCCAACUCCUGCACUGUUCUCUCCCUGCUAGGAGCCCCCUGCGCCUUCAUGGGCUCUCUGGCCCCAGGCCACGUUGCCGACUUUGUCCUGGAGGACCUCCGCCGCUAUUCCGUGGACCUGCGGUACACGGUCCUCCAGACCACGGGCUCUGUCCCCGUCUCCACGGUCAUCAUCAGUGAGGCCAGCGGCAGCCGCACCAUCCUGCACGCCUACAGGAACCUGCCUGAUGUGUCUGCUACAGACUUUGAGAAGGUUGAUCUGAACCGAUUCAAGUGGAUCCACAUUGAGGGUCGGAAUGCUUCGGAGCAGGUGAAGAUGCUGCAGCGGAUAGAACUGCACAACGCCCAGCAGCCUCCAGAGCACAAGAUCCGGGUGUCUGUAGAGGUGGAAAAGCCCCGAGAGGAACUGUUCCAGCUAUUUGGUUACGGAGACCUGGUGUUUGUCAGCAAAGAUGUGGCCAAGCACUUGGGGUUCCAGUCAGCAGUGGAGGCCCUGCGGGGCUUAUACAGCCGUGUGAGGAAAGGGGCCACCCUUGUCUGUGCCUGGGCUGAGCAGGGCGCUGACGCCCUGGGCCCUGAUGGAAAGCUGCUCCACUCGGAUGCUUUCCCGCCACCCCGGGUGGUGGACACUCUGGGCGCUGGAGACACCUUUAAUGCCGCGGUCAUCUUCAGCCUGUCCCAGGGGAAGCCUGUGCAGGAGGCCUUGCAGUUCGGCUGCCAGGUGGCCGGCAAGAAGUGUGGCCUGCAAGGCUACGAUGGCAUCGUGUGAGCCUGUGGUGGGGCUACUAGCUCACGUCCCUGCUACCGCUACCGUGGAGGUUGGCAUCACUGGCUUCCUGGCAGUUUCCCCCCUUCCAACCCGCUGCUGGGACUGCCCUGCUCCCUGGGCAGAUGCAGGCUGGGGAGGGCCCUGCCCGAGUCCUGGCAUCUCAUGCCACAGAGCAAAUAAACCUCCUUGCCCUGAGCCAGCUUCCCCUGGCAGUCUGCUUGUGCUCCAUGCCCAAACUGCUCUGGGUGGGGAUUCCUGAGGUUUUUGACACCACGGUUCUCCCCCCUCUUUUCCUUAAUUCCUCCAAGGCACUUCCCCACCCAGGCCUGGAGGAGGGGCUGCCUGGACUCUUGAGCAGCAGGUCGCUCCCCCAGCCGCCUCCUGUGCCCAGCUCUUCCUGUGAAGAGUGGCUCGGGGUGGGGUGACACUUAACUCCUGGACCCUGGG